GCCCAUCACAGUCAGAGUGCUACGUGUUUGCGUUUGUGCAAGCUUUCCUCGAGUUCAGAGAUAAGACGUGAUCCGAGACACAAACAGCUCAUUUGUCCUGCACGGCAUGGAUGGCGCACUAAAAGUCGUGCUGCUGGCAGCCCUGAUUCUGCUGGUAUCUGCGGAGACUCCUGACACUACAAAGUUUCCUAAGGAGUUACAAGUACACAUUGACAAUGCGCUGAAAAAUGUGAGAGAUACGUAUAAAGAUCAUCAUGUUGCUUUUCAUUCCAUCAAAGGAAAUCCGAGGUUAAUGAACAGCAUCUACAAUGUAAAUCUCCAACUGACAGUCAAGGAGUGUAAGAAGAAUCCUGGCAACACAGACGAAUGUGUUCCACAGAAGCUGUUGUACUUGAUUGACUGCCUUUUGUGUAAGACAAAAGAUAAUCAAGAGCUGCUUGAUUGCGCCAAAUGGAUAGACGUCAAAAAUAAAAGACGUGAUAACGUUCGUGGUACCUGUAGGGAAAAUUUGACUGGAGCUCACUCACUUUUUCUGAAGGAUCAUCAGGAUUCAGGCAGAUGUCCUGGGUGUAUGUGAAGCUGCAGAAAUCACAACAGCAAAAUUCUACCUAUAUAUAUAUAUAUAUAUAUAUAUAUAUGUGCAUGAUUUACAGUUCAUUGUGUAAACAAUAACAUUGUGGAACAUUGUGUAAUUGUGUAAUAACAAACAUCUGUACACACUACACAAA